GCCCGAGUCCAGUCUGGACCCUCUGGUUCAGGUCCUGGAGGUUCUGAUAACCAGCGAGCUCAACAUGAACCAGGCUGCACCAGCGUUGCCUCCGAAACCGGUCAAGUCUUCGACUCCAGCAGCUCCCAGUAGUUUUAACAACAGCAUCUCCCUGCAGGACGCCGAGUGGUACUGGGGAGACAUUUCCAGAGAGGAGGUGAACGAGAAGCUGAGGGACACAGCUGACGGUACGUUCCUGGUUCGAGACGCCUCCACCAAGAUGCACGGAGAUUACACCCUGACUCUGAGGAAAGGAGGCAACAACAAACUGAUAAAGAUCUUCCAUCGUGAGGGAAAGUACGGCUUCUCCGACCCUCUGACCUUCAGCUCAGUGGUGGAGCUCAUCAACCAUUACCGCCACGAGUCCCUCGCCCAGUACAACCCCAAACUGGACGUCAAGCUGCUCUACCCCGUCUCCAAACACCAGCAGGACCAGGUGGUGAAGGAGGACAGCAUCGAAGCUGUGGGGAAGAAGCUCCACGAGUACCACCUGCAGUACCAGGAGAAGAACCGAGAGUACGACAGACUGUAUGAGGAGUACACCAGGACCUCUCAGGAGAUCCAGAUGAAGAGGACGGCCAUCGAGGCGUUCAACGAGACCAUCAAGAUCUUCGAGGAGCAGUGUCAGACUCAGGAGCGCUUCAGCAAAGAGUACAUUGAGAAGUUUCGCCGAGAGGGCAACGAGAAGGAGAUCCAGAGGAUCAUGGAGAACUACGACAAGCUCAAGUCUCGGAUCAGCGAGAUCGUGGACAGCAAGCGCCACCUAGAGGUCGACCUGAAGAAACAGGCGGCCGACUACAGAGAGAUCGACAAGAAGAUGAACAGCAUCAAACCAGACCUGAUCCAGCUCCGUAAGACCAGGGACCAGUACCUCAUGUGGUUGACUCAGAAGGGAGUUCGUCAGAGGAAACUGAACGAGUGGCUCGGCCUGAAGAACGAAACCACAGAGGAUGAGUACAGCAUGGUGGAGGAUGAGGAGGACCUUCCUCACCAUGACGAGCGUCUGUGGCGUCUGGGAAACAUCAACCGCAACCAGGCAGAGUCUCUGCUCCGCGGGAAGAGAGACGGGACCUUCCUGGUCCGGGACAGCAGCAAGCCGGGCUGCUACGCCUGCUCUGUGGUUGUGGACGGAGAGGUGAAACACUGCGUCAUCAACAAGACGAGCACCGGGUUCGGUUUCGCGGAGCCCUACAACCUGUACGGCUCUCUGAAGGAGCUGGUGCUUCACUACCAGCACACCUCGCUGGUCCAACACAACGACUCGCUCAACGUCACGCUGGCCUUCCCCGUCUACAGCCAGCAGAGACGGUGACCCGUCUCCUGAUCCACACUGGCACCGUGGACCAGCAGCAGACCUCGUUUACACACUCGACCCCCCUCCCCAAGAACACGAGCCGGUUGGGCCACGUCAGAACCUGAGCACACGACACAUUCAGAGCUCUGUGAUUAGUUAGCACAAUAGUGACGCCUGGGACGGACAUCAGGAGUCUGUCUCAAAGACGAUAAACAGUCCUGGUGCUGCAGAUCACAUGGAGCUCUAACUUCCUGUCAGCAGCUCCACCCGAUUUUAAAAAAA